AUGAGCCAAACACAACCGUUCAGCCAAGCCGACAACCCAAACCAGGAUGUCGGCGAGUCUUUGCAAAUGACUGUGGCCGUGAACGAAACGCCGACCAUGGAGGGACGCAGCAACUUGCGCGUCUCGCUGGUCAUGAUGGCGCUGGCGCUCGUGCUCUUUUGCUCCGCGCUGGACAACUCCAUCGUGUCGACGGUGCUGCCCACCAUCUCGUCGGACCUGCGCUCUGCGGGCGGCUACGUCUGGGUCGGCAGCGCGUACAUGCUCGGCCACGCGGCGGCGUCGACUGUCUGGGCUAACCUGUCGGACAUUUGGGGUCGCAAGCCUGUCCUGCUGUCGGCGCUGGCGCUCUUUUUUGCGAGCUCCGUCGUCUGCGCAGCGGCCGCGAGCAUGCCCGUGCUGAUUGCGGGACGGGCCGUCCAGGGCACGGCCGGAGGCGGCAUGCUGCAGAUGGUCAACAUAAUCAUUUCCGACAUUUUUAGUGUCAGACGCCGAAGCCUCUUUCUUGGCCUGCUGGAGAUUGUCUGGACAGUCGCGGGCACCGUGGGACCGAUCCUCGGCGGCGCUCUGACGCAGAGUCUCUCCUGGCGCUGGAUCUUCUGGAUCAACCUGCCCCUCACUGGCUUCGCCUUCCUCGUGCUCGUCUUCUUUCUCGACGUGCACAACCCCCGCACCUCGACCAUGGUGGGCGUCAAGGCGAUUGACUGGGGCGGCACCGUCUGCGUCCUCGGCAUCGCCCUCAUGCUUCUCAUCGGCCUCAACUUUGGCGGCGUGACGUUUGCCUGGAACUCUGCGCAGGUCAUCUGCCUGCUAGUCUUUGGCAUUGUCACCGUGCCGCUCUUCAUUUACUGCGAGGCACGCUUCGCCAGGAUGCCUCUGAUGCCCCUCGACAUAUUCAGAAACGCGCACAAUUCGGCCGUAUUCGUCAUUGACUUUUGCCACUCUGCCGUUGUGACCGGAGGGGGCUGGUUCUUGCCGCUGUACUUUCAAGCCACAAAGCUCGCGUCUCCUCUGCACUCCGGUGUCUUGUUUCUUCCCAUUGUGAUUAGCUCCUCGUUGAUGAGCGGCGCUGUCGGGUUCCUCAUUCACAAGACGGGCCGAUACGUUGUAAUCAUUCGACUCGGUAAUGUUCUCGUAGCCUUAGGCAUUGGCCUCUUUAUCAACUUUGACAGCUCGUCGUCUCUCGCCAAAAUCAUUGCGUACCAACUCAUCCUAGGCUUCGGCAUGGGCAUGUUAUUCUUCCCGCCGCUGCUGGCACUCCACGCAAACGUGUCGGGCGGUCAGACGGCCGCUGCGACGGCCACCUUUGGCUUCAUCCGGAGCAUGUCAGCCUCGGUAGCCGUCGUCCUCGGCGGUGUGCUCUUCCAAAACGGGAUGAACGUGCAGCAAUCACGUCUUGUCGCUGCCGGGCUCCCUUCGAAUAUCACCGACUCCUUCAAAGGCAGUGACGCCGGUGCCAAUGUGCUCUUGGUGGCAACGAUUCAGAACCCAGAAUAUCAGCGCGCAGUGCAGGAUGCCUUUUCGGAUAGUAUUCGUUACAUCUGGUAUCUGUACACUGCGCUUGGUGUAGUCGGUGUCGUUUCGUGCGUCUUCGUCAAGACUCAUGUCAUGAGUGAAGUGCAUACAGAAAUCAAGACUGGGCUUGAUGGCGAUCGAGCCCAAGAACACAAGCGAUAG